AUGCAUCUGGCAGAUGAUGCAAUGAUCUGCAGGCUCAUUGGGCUUUUAAAGAAACUCCUCUAUGCACCUAUGACCUCAUAUUAUGAAGAAACAUAUGACAUUGAAGCAAUUGGAUAUGAAAGCCUUAAUAUCUGCAAUCAAUUGAAGCUCAAAGUAGGAGAUGCUCAAGCAGUCUGCUUAUCAGAUGAUGAGAAGAAGGUCGUUAAAUCUUCGUAUUGGUUUUUUGACAGUGCAUAUCCACUCUCCGACAUAGACUUUACCUUUUACACCCACCUCUUGUGUGCCCAAGCAUUUGUUGAUCCCAACACCUUCCAACUCAACAUAUCUAACUCAAAAACAGCCCAGUUCUCAGUUUUCACACAAACCUUGCAGCAAAAAAACCCUUCACUUAAGACCCUUCUAUCCAUAACUGGAGGAAUCGCUGAUGAUUCAGCCUUGUCUUCAAUGGCUAGAAAUGCCAGUACCCGAAAAACAUUCAUUGAUUCUUCAAUAACAAUAGGCAGGCCUUAUAACUUCCAUGGCCUUGUCUUAGACUGGGAAUUCUCAUCCACAACCACAGACAUGACCAACCUUGGUUUACUCUUCAAGGAGUGGCGAGAAGCAGUGGAAAAAGAGUCCAAGAACUCUAACAAGCCACAGUUGCUUCUAACUGUGGCGGUCUAUUUCUCAUCAGUAUUUCGUUCAUUGAGUUAUCCGGCUGAGGCUAUGGAAAACAACUUGGAUUGGAUCAAGGUAAUGGCUUUUGAUUUCGGUGCACCAACUUGGAAACCAAAUCUGACCGAAGCGCCAGCUGCAUUAUACAAUCCAUUCAGUGAGGUUAGUGGUGAUUCUGGGAUUAGUUCUUGGAUUCGGGCUGGUUUUCCGGCCAGAAAAAUUGUAUUUGGUUUGCCAUACUAUGGCUAUGCAUGGAAGCUUAAAGAUACUAAUAACCAUGGAUUUUUAGCACCAGCUAAUGGUGCUGAUAUAACGGCAGAUGGAGCAUUAGGUUAUACGCAUAUCAGGAACAGGACCAUAGGUCAAGGCAGUGCCAUAACAGCGUUCAACUACACGUUUGCCACAGAUUAUUGCUACAAUGGGACAACUUGGGUUGGUUAUGACGAUGUUAAAAGUAUUCUGGCUAAGGUCUUGUAUGCUAAGGGUAAGGGAUUGCUUGGUUACUUUGCAUGGCGAGUUGACCUUGAUGACAAUUGGACUCUCUCCAAAACAGUUUAG